AUGGCGUCGGCUUUUCACAGAUGCCAGCAUUGUGGCUACGAGACAGACCUCUCGAACAAUCUGGCGGCGUUUGAAGAGAACCCUCAUUGCAGACAGUGCGGACUAUCGGCCUCCGAGAGCGAUAUCAAGAUGCAGGACGACCUGAUCCACAUGAUGACACGCAACCUGCAUCUCGGUUCCUUUCAGCCUCCAUCCGACAUGUCGAUGCCCCCGACUCCUCAAGUCGUCCCGCAGUCGACACCGAUCACGUAUAUCACACAACACUAUCACCAUUCAGCACACCAGGCACCACAUGAUCUUCCAAUUUCAACGGUCCUAGAACAGUCUGGCAUCAAUGCCUCGGUGUUGUUCCCAUCUCAGUUGCAGUUGUUCAAGAAUGCGGAGCCUGAACAAAGGUUGAGGUUGAUAGAGCUUUGGCAAAUCGCGCCUCCAACGUAUGGCAACCAGAUGCACCCUGAUAAUUUGGCGAAUUGGCCACAGACAAGCAUGGAAAGAGAAGAACAAGCGGCCAAGUAUCGAUUGCAGUUGGCGGAACAAGAGAAACUGAAGAAUUUGUGUGCUCUUCCUACGGUUGACCUCAAGCACACUGCCGAGCCGUACAUACUGCAUGGCUACGAGGCACAGCCAAACAUACACGGAGUUACAGCUUCCACAGAACUUGGGCCCAUGAUGAUGAAGGAGGAUAACUACAAACAAUCAAAGGACCCGGCGUACAACAGCAGAGAGUGGUGGCAUUUGUCCGACGAUGAGCCGAUGGAACAUCAAUACGGCAUGCUCCAGCAGAUGUAUGGGUAUGGAAUUGAUUAUUCGGUUGCUAGACGCGGCGAUGGGGAUGCGGAGAUGUCUUGA